AUGAACCAGCAUCAGUAUUUAGACAUGGAAACAGAAAUACAAGAGUCACCACCUUUACCGGAAUUCGAAGACAUUGGAAAUAUACUGCGCAGGGCAAAUCAAAGUCUGCAUCAAGGUACAUACAUAAACUGUAGUGACCCCUUUUUAAAUGGAAGCAUGAUAGGUGACUGUGUGAAUGUCAGUGAAUCUUAUGACUACGGUAGACAUGAUUACAGUGACGCAUUUGCAAUGGAACACAUACUCAGCAUCGUAGUCCCGAUACUUUUCGGACUCAUCGUAAUCAUUGGUCUUUUUGGGAAUGCGUUGGUGGUCAUCGUGGUUACGUGCAAUCCCCAGAUGAGGUCUACAACAAAUUUAUUGAUCAUCAACUUAGCUAUGGCAGAUUUGCUCUUCAUAGUAUUUUGCGUUCCGUUUACAGCGUGGGACUAUGCGCUACCCUACUGGCCUUUUGGAGACGCCUGGUGCAGAGUUGUCCAAUACCUGGUCAUCGUGUGUGCGUAUGCCAGCAUCUAUACCCUUGUAUUGAUGUCUCUGGACAGAUUUCUUGCUGUUGUUCAUCCGGUAACUUCAAUGUCAAUCAGGACUGAACGAAACGCUUACAUUGCCAUUGGACUGAUGUGGGUUGUCAUCUUUCUUUGUUGCAUACCAGCACUGCAAAGUCACGGAGAGCUAACUUACAUGUUUGCCUACACUGAAUAUUCAGUAUGCGUCUUCUUGGCUGUAAAUGGAUACAAUUAUGCCGCGUUUCAAAUAUGUUUCUUUCUAUCAUCUUACAUAAUACCACUGGGGUGCAUAUUUGUUCUGUACAUGCUUAUGCUCAAGAGAUUGUGGUUUGGUGUUGCACCAGGAGGAAGAGUCAGUGCCGAGGCUGUUAAAUCCAAGAAAAGAGUCACUAGAAUGGUUGUAGUAGUUGUAGUCAUCUUUGCAUUUUGUUGGUGUCCGAUACAAAUUGUAUUAGUGUUAAAAAGUGUGAGUGCUUAUGAGCUAAAUCCUACUAAUAUUGUUAUACAGAUUACGUCCCAUAUCUUGGCUUACAUGAAUUCGUGUGUCAAUCCAAUUUUAUAUGCUUUCUUGUCAGACAAUUUCCGGAAAGCGUUCCGGAAAGUUAUAUCCUGCAAUCCACGAAAUAAUCGGGCAAGAAGAAGUAAUUUUGAAAAGACAGAGCGUGACUUGGGAACUUGUGCCACUAAAACCACAAAGGUAUCAAACGACAUUCUGUAA